CCGAGGCCGCGCACUUCCGGGACGCGACUUCGGCCCCGCCUCCGCCGCGCUUCUGCUCCUCCUGCUGAGGGAUCCUGUGAGCUUAGACUGUAUCACGCGCGGGUCCUUAUAAAAAGAAGAGUGCUGUGCCCGGCUGUCGGCUGGAGGGGUGCUGGAGGAGAGGACGACGUAUCCAGGGCCUCCCAAGUCUGCUGGGGGAUGAUCCACGAACUGCUCCUGGCUCUAAGCGGAUACCCAGGGUCCAUUUUCACCUGGAACAAGCGCAGUGGCCUGCAGGUGUCCCAGGAUUUCCCAUUUCUCCAUCCCAGUGAGACCAGUGUCCUCAACCGACUCUGCCGGCUUGGCACAGACUAUAUCCGCUUCACCGAGUUCAUUGAACAGUACACAAGCCAUGUGCAGCAACAGGAUCACCACCCAUCUCAGCAGGGCCAAGGCGGGUUACAUGGAAUCUACUUAAGGGCCUUCUGCACAGGGCUAGAUUCAGUUUUGCAGCCUUAUCGCCAAGCACUACUUGAUUUGGAACAAGAGUUCCUGGCUGACCCUCAUCUCUCCAUAUCACAUGUCAAUUACUCCUUAGAUCAGUUUCAGCUCCUUUUUCCCUCUGUGAUGGUUGUAGUAGAGCAAAUUAAAAGUCAAAAGAUUCAUGGUUGUCAGAUCCUGGAAACAGUCUACAAACACAGCUGUGGGGGUCUGCCUCCUGUUCGAAGUGCAUUAGAAAAAGUCCUGGCGGUGUGUCAUGGGGUCAUGUAUAAGCAGCUCUCAGCCUGGAUGCUUCACGGACUUCUCUUGGACCAGUAUGAAGAGUUCUUUAUCAAACAGGGUCCAUCUUCUGGCAAUAUCAGUGCCCAGCCAGAAGAGGAUGAGGAGGACCUGGGCAUUGGGGGACUGACAGGAAAGCAACUGCGAGAGCUCCAGGACUUGCGCCUUAUUGAGGAAGAGAACAUGCUGGCACCAUCGCUAAAGCAGUUUUCUCUACGAGUGGAGAUUUUGCCAUCUUACAUUCCAGUGAGGGUUGCUGAAAAAAUCCUCUUUGUUGGAGAGUCUGUGCAGAUGUUCGAGAACCAGAAUGUGACCCUGACAAGAAAAGGGUCUAUUUUGAAGAAUCAGGAGGACACUUUUGCUGCAGAGCUGCAUCGACUAAAGCAGCAGCCUCUCUUUAGCCUAGUGGAUUUUGAGCAGGUGGUGGAUGGUAUUCGAAGCACUGUGGCUGAGCAUCUCUGGAAGUUGAUGGUGGAAGAGUCAGAUUUACUGGGUCAGCUGAAGAUCAUUAAAGACUUUUACCUUCUGGGACGAGGAGAACUGUUUCAGGCCUUCAUUGACACCGCUCAGCACAUGUUAAAAACACCGCCUACUGCAGUGACCGAGCAUGACGUGAACGUGGCCUUUCAGCAGUCGGCACACAAGGUGUUACUCGAUGACGACAACCUUCUCCCUCUGUUGCACUUGACCAUCGAAUUUCAUGGGAAGGAGCACAAAGAUGGCAUUCAGGCAAGAGAAGGGCCUUCUAGGGAAACCUCCCCCCGGGAAGCCCCUGCAUCUGGCUGGGCAGCUCUGGGCCUUUCCUACAAAGUACAGUGGCCUCUGCACAUUCUGUUCACCCCGGCUGUCCUGGAGAAGUACAAUGUUAUUUUCAAGUAUUUGCUGAGUGUGCGCCGGGUCCAAGCUGAACUGCAGCACUGCUGGGCCCUGCAGAUGCAGCGCAAGCACCUCAAGUCUAACCAGACUGAUGCAGUCAAGUGGCGCCUUCGAAAUCACAUGGCAUUCUUAGUGGAUAAUCUCCAGUACUAUCUUCAGGUGCAUUCUGGGGUUGAGCAAGGAGAGGUGGAUGUGCUGGAGUCUCAGUUCUCACAGCUGCUUCAUCAGAUCAAUUCUACCCGUGACUUUGAAAGCAUCCGACUGGCUCAUGACCACUUCCUGAGCAACUUGCUGGCUCAGUCCUUUAUCUUGCUGAAACCUGUGUUCCAUUGCCUGAAUGAAAUCCUAGAUCUCUGUCACAGUUUCUGCUCGCUGGUCAGUCAGAACCUGGGCCCACUGGACGAGCGUGGAGCAGCCCAGCUGAGCAUUCUCGUCAAGGGUUUCAGUCGCCAGUCUUCACUCCUGUUCAAGAUUCUCUCUAGUGUUCGGAAUCAUCAGAUCAACUCAGAUUUGGCCCAGCUACUGUUGCGACUAGACUAUAAUAAAUACUACACCCAGGCUGGUGGAACUCUGGGCAGUUUUGGGAUAUGAAAAUUUCUGCUUCCAUAACCGAUAAACAGUCAAUUACACCAGUUUCCAAGUUUAUAACAGAAGAUUCAAAACACAUAUCCACUCAUGAAACACCUGCAGCCUGCAGAAAAGACUCUGCCCUUGCUCCUGGAAGUGACCCCAAGAUACUAAACCCUCCCCAUCAUUCCCAUGUGGAAUGUGACUGCCCCACCAGGGGGGAUUCUUAACUUGCCAGCCAAGGAGGACCUGUGUGUCAUCCACUGUCUCUCUGCUGACUCUGCAAGAACUGUGCUUCUUCACCCUGGAACGUCUGCUGGAUAUGCUUAUUUAUAGCAGUAGUAUUAUUAAACAUUUACUGUUUACCCUGGUACUAUUCAAGGUGUGUGAGACACAGCAGUAAACAUCAGAAAGUUAAAUAUUUUGUAGUUGAUAGGUAAAAAAGAAAUUAUAAACAGUUUUAACUGCUGGAUGUCACCACCAAGAAAGAAAGAAAGACAUGGGAAGACAGGCUUUCCCUCUUACACCUACACAGAUACCUUUCCUCCUUCAGAAUUAGGUUAAAUGAUUGAAAUCUCCUACCCUUAAGGAUCUUCAAAAUUGUGAACCUGAACAAUUUGGUCACUAAGUCCCAAUUCUUUCAAACAUGUAAAAGGAAAACUUUAGUAAGAAUAUAAAGCAUUUCCCCCAAAGAAAAAAAGCAUUAAUGUUCACAUCAGUGUAGACAAAGUUAGUAUUCAUUGAACCCCCUCCAAACUGGGAAAAAUGCAAGUUCUGACCUCACUUUGUAGUCACUGAACCUGUUCUUCACUUUCUAGCACACACUGUGAAAGCUUUAGUCCCUCCCUAGACUGUCAACUAAAGACAAGCCCUUCUGCUCUGCCACUGGAGCAGGGCUCAGCAAACCAUUGCCUGCUGUGUGUUUCUGUACACAGGAUUUUCCUGAAACAGCCACACUCGUGUUUUACCUAGAACUGUCUGUGGUUGCAGUCAGACCAGCUGGCCCACAAACCUAAUAAAAUAUGUACUGUUUGGCUCCUUAUAAAAAACAUUUGUUGA